AAAUUGGGCCUGAAAUUCAACCCAAAAGUCAAACUCACAAACUUUUCUAAGUGGGCUUUAAAUCAUCUGUGACUUAUUUUGAGUACCCGCUCCGUACACUCACAACAGUCUAAAAACAUUCCGACCAUUUCCCACCACCACCGCCGGUCCACCGCCGUCGUCAUGGCGGCCGGACUCCUCCUCUGGAGGGCGUCAACCAAAAAACCCCUCGCAUUCAUCACUUCCCACUUAUUCCCCAAACUGCCCUCCCCCGCGCUCUUCUCCACCCUCUGCAGAAAAACCAAACACCUCCACUCUACCCCGACGACAACCCCCCACCUUCCUCCGCCAGCGGCCAAGAAGGUUCCUUUCACGGCAACCGCUCACGGCGCCACGUGGCAAGACCCGUACCGUUGGAUGUCCGACGUCACCGACCCGGAUUUCAUCAGCUACGUCGAUGCAGAAAACUCGUACGCCGAUGCAUUUAUGCGAGACACCGGAGAAUUGCAGAGGAUCCUUUACUCUGAGAUGGUUUCCAAAAUGCCCUCCGACGUAACCACCCCUCCCGAACGUUGGGGCCCCUGGUUGUAUUACCAAUGCAUCCCGGAGGGGAAGGAAUAUCCUAUUCUAUGCAGAAAAUCUGCCGUCGAAAACAAAAACUGGUUAAGCACCGUUUUCGCCUCUUUCAAAGGAGGAUUCGGCGCGGAGCAAGUUUUGCUCAACUGGAAUGAAAUUGCAGAAAAAAACGGAUAUGUACACGUCGGUACAUGCAGAGUGUCGCCGGACCACAAUUUUCUUGCGUACACACUCGACACUAAAGGAAACGAACAAUUUCAGCUUCAAAUAAAGGACCUUCGAAAUAACUCUAUUAGUUCACCCCGAGCUGAGGGCGUCGUGAGUUUGGCUUGGGCCCACGACAGCUGUACUCUCUUCUAUACACUAUGCGACCAAAACCAACGCCCUCACAGGCUAAUGCGCACUGAGGUGGGAGCGCAUUCUGGAAAUGAUGACUUCAUACUUACGGAAAACGAUACUCGCUACUGCUUAGAUAUUACAAGUACGAAAGAUGGGAAGUUUGUAACAGUGAAUUCUAAUUCAAGGACUACAUCUGAGGAACGAACUUUUGCUGUUUCGAUUCUUUGUCUUAGUGUUUAUGUCUUGAAUGCAACCAAUCCACAAUCCGAGCUACAAAGAUUUUGCAAACGUGUAUCUGGGGUACAGUACUUUCUAGAGCAUCACUCGGGUUUUUUUUAUGUUCUUACAAAUGCUCCCACAAGUGAAGGUAAGAAUUUCUCGGGUGACGGUUAUUAUUUAGCCGCAUGCAGAGAUGACGAUGCUCAGUCGGCUAAUUUGAAGAAUAUAAUUAUGGCGGGUGACGGUAUCUGCUUGGAAGAUAUGGAUAUUUUUAACGGACACUUGAUUCUUUUCGUUAACAAAGAGGGUUCCCCUUCAAUAUGUUCGAUCGACAUGCCUAUUGAUUUUGAUCCUGAGAGAGAAAUGGAGAUAGACGAUUUCAAUCCAUGGUAUUUUCCUCUGCCUUCAAACAUGUGCACAGUCACUCCAGGUUCAAAUCACGACUUCGGAAGCACUGUAUACCGUGCUGUACUCUCUUCGCCCGUGACACCUGAUCUAAUUGUUGACUACGACAUGUCGAGGAGAACGUUCUCCAUUGUUCAGCAAGAAGAUGUGAGAAACAUUUCAACAGACGAACUAAAUCACGACAAGGACAAUAAGAAGCUUCUAGAAAUGACACACGAAAAGGAAACAAAUGUUCCGGAUAAUGGAAGUUCAGUAUGGAAGGAUUUCUCGGAGAAAUACGUUUGUGAAGAGAAGGAAGUGGUUUCACACGAUGGUGUUAAAAUACCGUUGACUGUUCUUUUUUCUCGAAGUGCGUAUACAAAGGGUCAAUCCCCGGGUCUUCUGCAUGGAUACGGUGCCUAUGGUGAAACUUUGGAUAAAAGCUGGUGUUCGGAUCGUUUGAGCUUACUUGAUCGGGGUUGGGUUUUCGCAUUUGCUGAUGUCAGGGGUGGUGCUGGUGCCGAUCCUAGUUGGCAUAAAUCCGGGAGUGGAUUGAACAAAUUAAACUCCAUACAUGAUUUUGUCUCGUGCGGUAAAUAUCUAAUUAACGAGGGGCUUAUCCAUAAAUACCGGUUGGGUGCUCACGGUGUCAGUGCUGGUGGUCUUCUUGUGGGGUCCGCAGUCAACAUGUAUCCAGAAUUAUUCCGCGCUGCCGUUUUGAAGGUUCCUUUCUUAGACGUGUUAACCACGCUACUGGAUCCCAGUUUACCCCUCACUACUUUGGAUUAUGAGGAAUUUGGAAACCCUCAAAAUCGGGACUUCUUUAAAUACAUUCGCAGCUACUCGCCUUAUGAUAAUAUACCUCACGGAGUUUGUUGUCCUUCGAUGCUUGUGUCAGCCUCGUUUAACGAUUCCCGCGUUGGUGUUUGGGAAGCUGCAAAAUGGGUGGCCAAGAUUAGAGAUAGUGCGUGUGAAAGGUGUUCGUGCGAAGUAAUACUGCAGACGAAUAUAACGGGAGGGCAUUUUCGUGAAGGUGGUCGUUUUGCUCGUUGUCGUGAAACAGCCUUUGAUUAUGCUUUUUUAAUCAAAGUUAUGGCCCCAACUCAGGACCUGCAAAAAUAAUUUCAAGUAUAAUUAGAAAAUAAAUUUUGCUCCAAUUUUUUUCUUCUUCUUUUUUUAUAUAUUUAUUUUAGUCAAUUCUUUGUAUUUUCUGAGUUUAGUAUAUGCACAUUUAAUUUGUUGAUUUAAUGGAAAUUUUUAAUAUUAACAUCAAUGAGCCAAUGACUAUGGCAGUGUAUGACA